AUGGUAAAUUCUUUUGGAUAUAUGAACUAUCAAAAGAUCUCAUCAUGGCUUGCUUGCAUAAAAUUGAAUACUUGUUCCAUUCAGAGAGCUUUGAGCACAAAAGCAGUUGCUUCUCAGCAGAAGGCAAUGUUGGAUCGGAUUAUACGUGUUGACCAUGCUGGAGAGCUGGGAGCUGAUAGGAUCUAUGCUGGCCAGUAUGCAAUACUGAAAAGGACAACUGAUGGACCUCUCAUAAAGGAAAUGUGGGAGGAAGAGAAACUACAUAGAGAAACAUUUGAGAAAUUAAUGAUUCAAUACAGAAGUCGUCCAACUGCACUUCUUCCAAUUUGGAAUGUUGCUGGUUUUAUUUUAGGUGCUGGUAGUGCUUUAAUAGGAAAAGAGGCUGCAAUGGCAUGCACUGUCGCUGUUGAAGAUGUCAUUGGAGAUCAUUACAACUCACAAAUUCGAGAACUAUUUGAAGAUGAUCCAGAAAAGCAUGAAGAACUUCUAAAGAUAAUUAAACAAUUUAGAGAUGAUGAAAUGCACCAUUAUGAAACUGGUCUGGAACACAAUGCAGAGCAGGCACCAUUUUACAAUACCCUGACCCAAGUGAUAAAGAUUGGCUGUAAAGGAGCUAUUUGGUUAUCUGAAAGAAUCUAG